CCAGUCCGUGUGUACAGGCGGUACCUAGUGGCUGUUCACUGUCCUUGUGUAUAACCCAUACCUAGCGGCCAGUCCCAGUCCGUGUGUACAGGCGGUACCUAGUGGCUGAUCGUACUCUGUGUUUGGUUGGUUUGGUUGCUACUCAGUGGCUGACCCGUACUGUCAUCCAUACGGACACACUAUCAUAGUAACGACACAUAUCUUGCAUAUCGCAAGUUCGUCUGAACAGGAAUCAUAUACUGUUGGGUGGUACCCUGAUUGACGUAGGGUGUAGGAACUCGGUCGGGAUGAUCUUAUGGAGUGUCGGCUACCUGUACCGGACACGUGUGGAGGUGCGGCCGACUGAUGACUUAGCCCUGGCUCUCUAUUGACCUCGGGCGUCCUUAUGUGUUGGAGAAAGCGUCCGAGGCGGUCAGUGUUGGCGAUUAUCACGUGCGCCGCGACGUACAUUGCUGUGGUCAAUCUUCUGGCAUUUUAUUCCAUGGUUCGGUCUUACAAUAGUCCUGUGUCCUGGAUACAGAGAUAUGGUCACAUGUAUAUGGGACAGCCGGAUACCGACAACUGGACAUGCAAAGGCCUUCGAUAUUCCACAAUAUCACUCCCUUCGACGGCCCUGGUCAGCUUCCCUGGGUCUGGAAAUACCUGGAUACGUCACGUCAUACAGCAAGCCACAGGUAUGGCAACUGGAAGCGCGUAUACCGACAAGAGUCUGAAGAGGGACGGAUUCCCGGGUGAGGGACAGACCAAUGGUUCUGUGAUCGCAGUGAAGACACAUGUCUGGGGUCAGGAAGAGCGAGCCCGGUAUGUUCGCGCUAUCCUCCUGAUAAGGGACCCCUUCGAAGCCCUCCUCUCCGAGUUCAACCGGCGACAUGGAGGCCACAAGGGCUAUGCCGCCAGCGUAAACCUCGAAAAAAGUUGGUACGACUACAUUCUUGAAACAGCCGGAGAAUGGUACGACCUUUAUCACGAUUGGUUGACGUUUGACGGUCCCGUCCACGUGGUUAUGUACGAGAACCUGCGAGUCAACCCGUCGGCGGAAGUGGACCGACUUAUGAAGUUCCUGGGCGUUACCCUGACACACAAGGAGAAGUUCUGUGUGAUGAAGAACUACGAGGGCAACUACAGAAGAAAGGGCAAGCGAAUGCCCGUGACUGAGAUAUACACUGAAUAUAUGACAUAUAUGAUUAACAACUACAAACGGAAACUGGCACAAGAGCUGGGACACUUUCUCAACAAAUCAGAAAUUCGAAUCAGCUGACAUCGCCAGUUGAUACUUGAUACCGUAGACGAGUCGACGGUUGUUAUAGCAAACCAGUUGACAAAAUAUGUUUGUUUACAGAUUAGUCGGUAAACAUGUACUCUUUGGGUAACAUACCAGUUCACUCACAGUAGUAUACAGAUAAUGUUAGGUAACAGCCGACGAAAUGUUUUAAAAUAUCUGCGAACAUUGCCUUGGCAGCGAGAUAUUAGCGCUGCGAAAUUUUAUCAAGGAUGUAGUCCUAAUUCAUAUCUUCAAGCUACGAUGUAAGAGUUACCUCUCGUUAAGAAUUAUUUUUGGUGUAGAACACAACAGAGUAAUGCACUCUGUUACAUUUUGAUAUACGUGUAUAAACGAUAAUACUGAGCAACACUGUUGUACACGUGUUUUCGUAUAAUACCUGGAUGUAAAUGGUAGCAAGUACUUACGCGUGGCAGCAAUAUCGGUAUGUAGAUACAAUGUAGCUGUGGUGACAAUGAGAGCUAACCUCAAUAUACACGUAUGUAGUGUAUAUUAUAUCACGAACUACUGCACGCUUUAAACCCCGUUUAUUUUUUUAACAGUGAUGCCCUUUUACUUGCGCCUUUUUUCGUGAUGACUGAUGGGAUUUCCAAACAUACUGCCAACAUAAUUAUCUUCAAUUUACGUGUCUUUUCCGUUAAACCUAAGUGCCGUUACUUGCGCUAACCGAUUAUGUUAAGACAAAUACCUUAGGCUGCGCACUUUUUGCUUCCUCUAUAAUUUGGAUAAAAUAUGCACAUUGCAAUCUCUUUGUGAACGUGUGCAUUUCAAAUAGGAUAAUUUGAUGCUCCUUUAUGAUUUUUUGAAAAGAGAGCAUCAAACUUACAGAACUUUUAAAAUGUUUUAUUUUGAAUGUGCACAGAAAUACGUUUCACCGAUGUAUUGUACAGUAUCUAUUUAAAUGAGUUGAUCCAAAGCAAAGGUACUUUGUUUCACUUAUAUCAUUACAUGUUCCAAACAACGAUGGAACGCUUUAUAUGUGAUACAUUUCGAGUUGGUGUGUUAUACAUGUUAUUGUAAUUGUAUGUCGAUUUCACACACAAUUCAUUGAGGAAAAUAUCGAAACAAUUGCCUUUUAUGUUUUUAAUGACGUAAUAAAUACAAAAUAUUUGUUCAUAAAAACAAAUGUUUCAUUUUCAUCCCAAUCAGGUUUUAUUUGUAUAAUUGUUACGCAUAUCCUCAUUAUUUUUGUAGAUAAUAAAGCAGCGUUUCCUAAACCCG